AUGGGCUACAAUGCAAGCUGGGCUUCAGCCAACGCGAGCGAGCGCGGUCCCUUUCAGGCUGUCAAAAGCUUGAACGCAUCCGGUGCUCCUCAAAUCGUGGGAAUCAACCGAAGCGCCCACGCGGUCGGGACGUCAGAAUACGAGGCAUAUAGGGAAGGAGAACAAACAUAUCGACAUUUUACUACCGUUAUGCAGGUUGUCAUCUUAAUAGGUUCUCUGCUAGGAAACGUGGUGGUCUUGUGGUCGACGUGCAGGACAUCAGUUUUUAAGUCAGUAACAAAUCGAUUUAUUAAGAACCUGGCCUGUUCUGGGAUCUGUGCCAGCCUUGUCUGUGUGCCUUUUGACAUUGUUCUCAGUACCAGUCCACACUGCUGUGGAUGGAUCUACACCGUGAUCUUCUGUAAAGUCAUAAAAUUCUUGCAUAAGGUCUUCUGCUCAGUGACCAUCCUGAGUUUUCCCGUCAUUGCUCUGGAUCGGUACUAUUCAGUCUUAUACCCACUGCAAAGAAAGAUAUCGGAUGCCAAAUCACGAGAUCUGGUGAUCUAUAUUUGGGCUCAUGCGGUGGUGGCCAGCAUUCCAGUCUUUGCUGUGACCCAUGUGUCAGACAUAUAUGCUAUAUCUACUUGUACCGGGCCCUGGAGUUACUCUGUUGGCCAUUUAGCAUAUGUUAUCACUUACAACCUUACCACUGUGGUUUUACCAGUGACUGUGGUAUUUCUCUUUAUGAUCCUCAUCCGCAAGGCAUUGAGCGCUAGCCAGAAGAAAAAAGUCAUUAUAGCUGCCUUAAGAACCCCUCAAAAUACAAUCUCUAUUCCUUAUGCCUCCCAGAGAGAAUCUGAACUUCAUGCCAUGCUGCUCUCUAUGGUUAUGAUUUUUAUUUUCUGCAGUAUUCCCUAUAUGACUAUGGUGGUUUAUCAUGCUGUCCUGGAUUCUUCUGAUACCUCUGUAUACUUGCUUCUUACUGCUAUCUGGUUGCCUAAAAUAUCGCUGCUGGCCAACCCACUCCUCUUCCUGACCGUUAACAAAUCUGUACGGAAAUGUUUAAUAGGGACGAUACUGCAAUUACACCGAAGGUAUAGUCGGAGGAACAUAGUCAGUUCCGGGGAGGCCAAUCUGGAAUCUCACGUUCGUUCUGGCAGCCAACUCCUAGAAAUGUUUCACAUUGGGCAGCAGCAAAUUUUCAAGCCCACAGAGCAUAAAAAUGAAGCUCAAUCUGUGGACCUCAAUGAUUACCAACAGGAGGAGAUGCCCACAACCAGCUUAGAUAUAGGACAAGCCCAAAUUCAGAGGUCUGUUUGUCCCGCAGUUGCAGAAUCUGCUGCACAAAUAGCACCAGCUUUCUCUACAGAAGCCGAAUCGGCCAAAGAAAAGUAUUCUACACAACUGGGCUUUGGACCUUUUGAGUUGCCACCACAGUGGCUACCUGAAAACCGGAAUGGUAAGAAACGACUUCUGCCUCCUUUAGGAAAUACACCAGAAGAGCUGAUCCAGACAAAGCAACCCAAGGAUAAAUCAGAACGAAAAGUGAGCAGAAACAAUAAAGUCAGCAUCUUCCCCAAAACGGAUUCCUAG